AUGUCGUUAGAGAUGAAAAAGUCCUCGGUCGAGGAGAUUGGUAAUGGCAAGGCAUACGCGGAGAACGUUGAACGGGGUCAUAUAAACACGACCGAUAUCAAGUCCUCUCUUUCUGAGUCCCAUCGGGAGUAUCUCCUUCAGCGCCAUGGCACUCUUGAUCUCAAUCCGACUCCCAGUUCGUCUGAUGCGGAUCCGUAUAACUGGCCUACUCGGAAGAAACUAAUCAACCUCAUCCUCGUUGCCUUCCAUGCCAGCAUCUCCACAAUCACAGCCUCCAGUAUCACACCCGCAUACAAAGACAUCGCAACCGACCUUGGCGUAUCCCUCCAACGAGCAAGUUACCUAACAUCCCUCCAGAUCGCCAUUCUAGGCGGAGGACCAUUUGUCUGGAAGCCUUUAUCCCAUCGCUUUGGUCGACGCCCCAUCUUCCUGUUGUCCCUUAUACUGAGCGCAGUGUCCAAUAUUGGCUGUGCAAAAAGCCCGACGUACGCGUCCAUGGCAGCGUGUAGGGCUCUCACGGCGUUGUUUAUCUCACCUGCUGCAGCGAUCGGGAGUGCAGUUGUGGCGGAAACGUUUUUCAAGAGGGAAAGGGCGAAGUACAUGGGUGUUUGGACUUUGUUGAUUACCGUAGGGGUUCCAAUUGGACCGCUCGUCUUCGGCUUCGUUGCAUAUCGCGUCGGUUAUCGCUGGAUAUACUGGGUCCUGGCUAUCACGAAUGGCGUACAGUUUAUCAUGUACCUCUUCCUAGGCCCGGAAACGAGUCCCCUAAUGUGGACGGAGUUCAUUCGUCCUCUGUCCAUGGCCAAGCAUUUGAGCGUCCUCUUUCCCUCAAUCAUCUAUGCCAUGGUCUUCCUCUUCGGCAGCGUGCUCAUCACAGUCGAAGUUCCUCAACUCCUACAAGAGAAAUUUGAGCUCAACUCAGAACAACUAGGCCUCCAAUUCCUCGGUGUGAUCAUCGGCUCCGUCCUAGGCGAGCAGGUAGGAGGCUCACUCUCAGACUUUUGGAUGAAUUCCCGCGCACGCCAGAUACAGCGCAAGCCAGAGCCUGAGUUUCGUCUCUGGCUGAGCUAUCCAGGUAUUCUCUUGGCCAUCGCGGGUAUAAUCGUCUUCCUGGUGUGUACGGAACAAGCACCCGCGGGCCACUGGGUUGUGGAUCCUAUUGUCGGUACAGCUGUGGCAGCUUUUGGAAACCAGGUUGUGACGACAGUUAUGAUUACUUAUGCGGUAGAUUGUUGUCCGCAAGAUCCGGGGAAUGUGGGUGUGUUUAUCACUUUCGUGAGGCAGACGUGGGCGUUUAUUGGGCCAUUUUGGCUCCCUGGUAUGUUUGAAAAUGUAGGUGUUGCAGCUAGUUCGGGGAUCACGACUGCUCUUAUGGUUGUUUUCAGCUUGAUAUUUGCUGUGUUUUUGCAUGUGUUUGGGAGGAAAUGGCGGCCUAGUGUUGAAUAA